ACAGUUUUGGGCGCGACGAGGUUCAGUUCCCUUGUCUCUCUGUCUGUCUCUCUCUCUCUCUCUGAAGAAAAAUGCCACAAAGAGGCAAAUCCAAGCACAAGAGGCAAUCCUCAGCCUCAGCCUCAGCCUCAGAAAAUGAAAUGAGAGCACAAAACAACUCCGAAGGAACACUGACAGAAAUAUCACGGGAGGCUGUGGGAAAACUUUUACGCCGCGCUAAUAAAGUUGGCACUUCCAGGAAAAAGAUGAAACCUGAGUUUGAGCCACGACAAAAUGGAACUCAAGUUUUGGAACCAAUUCUCCAACCAAAGACUUCAGAGGUUGGACAUUGUAGUAGAAGCUCCAUGGGAGAUGCUUCUGCCAAGGAGAAAUGUGGUAAUGAAAGUUUAGACCAGGGCUACUUGGACAACGAGGAAGAACUGGAUGACUCGGAUUGGGAAGAUGGUACAGUUGCCAUGGAUGAUCGUCCUGUGACAAUUGAAUUGAAUGUGACCCCUGAUUCAGCUGUAAAGAAACAAAUUCGUCGAGCUUCUGCCGAAGAUAAGGACUUGGCUGAACUUGUGCACAGAGUUCAUUUGCUUUGUCUACUUGCUCGAGGAAGAUUAAUAGACAGUGCUUGUGAUGAUCUUCUUAUCCAGGCUUCUUUGCUUUCUCUACUUCCAUCGCACUUGCUUCACCUAUCAAGUGUCACAAAACUCACUUCAAAAGCGCUACAUCCUUUAAUCUUAUGGUUCCAUGAUAAUUUCCAUGUUAAAAACUGUACAAAUGGAGAAACGUCACCGCACUUUGCUUUGGCAUCAGCUUUAGAAUCACAUGAGGGUAGUCUUGAAGAGAUUGCAGCUUUAUCGGUGGCACUAUUUAGAGCUUUGAAUCUUACAGCCAGGUUUGUGUCCAUUCUGGAUGUUGCCUCUCUUAAACCAGAUCAGUCCUUUAGACCAGUUGCAAGUAGAUCUAGUAAGGGGAUAUUUAAUACUUCUACACCAAUGGUAUCUAAGCUAAAAUCGGAUUUUACAUCACCUCAAAAAUCAUUAUCUUGUUACGAGAGAGAUAAAGUCUGUGAAGGUUCUCUUGGCCAUUCACGGAAAAGUAAGAAAUGCCGCACAGCAAGCCACGUGCCUCGGUCCAGAGAUCAUCCUUUUGCUGGAGACUUGAAUGAUAAUGUGACAGACUCACAAACUCUUGAGACGCAGGAUACUAACCCCGAAUCAUGUCUCGCUGACGAAUCUCAUGAUUCAAAGAGGAAAGGGGAUCUUGAAUUCGAGAUGCAGUUGGAAAUGGCUCUUUCUGCUACAGCAAUUGAAUGUCAAGAGAGUAAAAUGGUGUCAGGUGUCAACGCUGAUUCAUCAGAUUUUUCUUGUUCGUCAAAAAGAAUGAAAAGAGUUGUAGGUGAAGAAUCUUCUACCUCCCCUCAAGUAAUUUCUACAGCAGUUGGAUCAAUGAAAGUAGGAUCUCCUCUGUACUGGGCAGAAGUAUUUUGCAGUGAAGAAAAUUUGACAGGAAAGUGGGUGCAUAUUGACGCUGUGAAUCUGAUAAUUGAUGGAGAAGACAAGGUUGAAGCCAUGGCAGCUGCAUGCAAAACAUCUUUGAGAUAUGUUGUUGCUUUUGCUGGGCAGGGGGCCAAAGAUGUGACCCACAGGUACUGUAUGAAGUGGUACAAGAUAUCAUCACAACGAGUUAAUUCAACAUGGUGGGAUUCAGUAUUGGCACCUCUGAGAGACUUGGAGUCUGGGGCAACUGGAGGUGUGGUUCAUUUGAGAACAAACCAAAUCAUUGCUAAAGAAUCGAACAUGAGUGAUUCUUUUGUCCCUACAAGGAGCUCUCUUGAGGAUAUUGAGUUGGAAACUAGGGCAUUAACUGAGCCUCUUCCAACCAAUCAGCAGGCCUACAAAAGUCAUCCACUUUAUGCAAUAGAAAAAUUGCUUACGAAGUAUCAAGUACUUCAUCCAAAGGGUCCAAUUCUGGGAUUUUGUUCAGGUCACCCGGUUUACCCUAGGACUUGUGUGCACACAGUUAAGACAAAAGAGAGAUGGCUCCGGGAAGGACUGCAAGUUAAACCCAAUGAACAUCCUGUGAAGGAACUUGAACAUUCCAUAAAGCCUCAAAAAGUUCAAGAUUCUGAAGCUGAUGACAAUGGCUGCACUGAUUCUAAGGAAAAUAUUAAACUUUAUGGGAAGUGGCAACUGGAACCAUUAAAUCUGCCUCAUGCUGUGAAUGGGAUAGUUCCUAAGAACGAGCGUGGUCAGGUAGAAGUUUGGUCAGAGAAAUGUCUUCCGCCAGGGACUGUGCACUUAAGGUUUCCAAGGGCAUUUUCUGUUGCCAAGAGGCUAGAAAUUGAUUAUGCACCUGCUAUGGUUGGUUUUGAAUUUAAAAAUGGACGUUCACAUCCUGUCUUUGAUGGUAUUGUGGUGUGUGCUGAGUUCAAGGAUGCACUGCUACAGGCAUACGCAGAGGAAGAUGAAAGACGACGAGCUGAAGAAAAAAGAAGAGAUGAAGCACAAGCUCGUAGUCGGUGGUACCAGCUUCUUUCAUCUAUUGUGACUCGUCAAAGGUUAAAUAAUCGUUACAAUAACAGUUUGUCAUCAGGGAUGUCAACUGAUGUCCAAUGUAUGAAUGAUAAUGAGUCAAAUGCCUAUGACAAGAAUCAGACUCCCAAACACCAUCAAGUGAACAAAUGUGAUACUGAUCUUGAUGCUUCAUUAAGUACUCCAGUAAAAGACCAUGAGCAUGUUUUUUUGAAAGAGUACGAGAGCUUUGAUAAGGAAACUUCUCUAUUGACUAAGCGGUGCCAAUGUGGAUUUUCAGUCCAAGUAGAAGAGUUAUAGCAUUUAUUAUGAUUUAUGAAACACUUUCUGCCUAGAUGCAUAACUAUCUUCCCAUGAUGCUUCAAGCAAUGAAAGACAUCGUUUGGAUCUUUUUCCAGUUUUGUAGUUUCUGGGACUCGUAUCAUUGCUUUAUCAUUGACUUGGGGUUAGAUGCUUAGAUGGCUUUGGCUCUACGACUUGGCUGUAAGAUAUAUUAUGUGAUGUAAAUAAUCAAAAGUCAAACAGUUUCUCUUAUGUCUGACAA